GGUCGCAUUGGCGAGGACAGACAUUCGCCAGGAAGCUCCUCCUCGCCGCGGAUCAUUCUAUUGAGGAUGACUUAUCAACCAUCCUUUGCGGCUCUUGCCUUGGCAUCUCUCUGCUUCCUCGUCGCUUUGGCGCAUGCUGAACCGGUCACAAGAUCUGUGGAUGCCGAGUACAUCCGCUUCUUCCAGCGUCAGAUUGAGGAGCAGCAACGGAGCUCCCCUCCUCAGUCCGACGAGCAGCGAUGGAGCUCUCUCUUCAAGCUGAUAGAUGGCUUCAACCGCACGCCACCACUCUCGCCCUCCGUGCUGCCAUCUCUGGUGGAAAACCGCACGGAAUCCAAUGCAUUGCCGGCCGCCCCGGCCGCUGCCGCCCAUGCCGAAGCGUCAGCUCCCGGCGCAUCUACCGCACUCAGCCAUCCAUCUGCGGUGGCCCUUCCGCUUGUGGAGGCCAUGACGGACAAGUCCUUCGUCGUUGCAGUGGAUUACGGCACAGACCAGUUUGCGUUGUCGGUCAUGCAGCGGCUGUCGAGAAAGGGGGGCAUGCUGCUGCUCGCCAGCAGUCAAGAAGCCGUGAACAAGGCCAUGGCCAGCUUCGUGCUUUCAGGGAGGCCCAAUGCAUUUGCAUUUCAUGUCGAGCUGGCUGCGAGGGAGGAGGGAACCACGGAGAGCAUUGGAGCUUCGUUUGAUUGCGGCCCCCUGUGCCCUCCUCGUCCUAUUGGCCUUCUGCCGGCUGGGUGGCAAGCGCCAGUGCGGGUGCGGCUGGAUGACCUGAAGCUGCAAAGAGGAGACCUGAUCAGGUGAUGACACACACACACAAGGGCGUCUUUGCACUUCUGUGAUGCUGCCUUUGCUUUGUCAUUCAGGUUCUCUAUGGAUGCGGAGCCGCUGCAGAUAAAGGCUAGAUGGAACAGCGCCCUUCAUGCGCUGGAUGGCGGCCUCGACAUGCUGACAAGACUCAGACCAACCAUCGUUAUGGACUGGUGGGCCACACUGGAAGACGGGCCAUCGGAGGCCAUGGCUCUCGUGCACAGCUGGCAAGGGCGCCUGAAUCGCAUGCUGACGGGUGACGAUGACCGGGAGGAGAAGGCAAGUAGAGCUGUCAUGGUGUACAGGUGUGAGCUGUUCAACACUGAGAGCGUCUUGGUCGGCACAAUGAAGACGCGGGAGGCGACAGAGGAGGAAAGACGAGAGUUCAGCCGUCUUAUGGAGCUGCUGAGGCAAGAUGCUGGCUACAUGAGGGUGCUGACUGUGUGUCGGCCGCGUGAUAUGACACUGUGAUUCAUACCGAAUGGAUCGUAGAAGUGAUAAUAGAAACCAUCAUGGAAGAAUCCAUCAACACGACACCAAGAUAUAAAAUGUAGGCAGAGAUUGCUGCUGCUCGCCGAGUGCAGCACAUGAUCAUCUGUCGCCCACCACGAGGCCACGAGGCCCACCCGCAUAGGCAAAACACACCACAGCCACAAGCAAAAGACGCCAG